AUGAAAGGUGGCUCUGGUAACUUUGGAAUUGUUACCGCCUUUACUGUUAAGACUCAUACUCAAGACCCAGAGAUUUGGGGAGGCAGUAUGUUCUUUGACGGCAAUCACACCGAAAGCCUGACCCGAGCGAUCCGAGAUUUUGCAGAGUACAAUACCGAUGACAAGGCAUCGAUUAUUGGAACCGUCAAUCGCAACCCAUCAUUAAUUUGGGUCGUGUUCCUGACUUAUGAUGGGCCUUCUCCUCCUGAGGGCGUGUUCCGAAAUUUCACCCAGAUUCCGAAUAUUCGAAAUACUGUAAAGAAGCAAAGUUACCAUAGCCUAAUGCUUGCCAAUGAUGAAUAUAUUCGACAUGGCAACCGGUUCUCCAUUGGUGCUGAAACAAGCGUCAACCCAUCAGGCACACACGGCUACGAUAUCUUCAAGUCUUUUAUUGACCACUGGAACAAUGUCACGGACGAUUUCAUCGAUAUUCCCGGUAGUGCAAGCUCCCUCGCUCUCCAGCCAUUGCCACGAUCUAUCUCCACCAAAGCCAAGGAGUCAGGAGGCGAUAUUGCCGGGUUUGACCCGAGUUAUGACUACAUGCUAUUACAGAUUGCUGUCUCUUGGAACAGCUCGACGUCAGAUUCUGUAAUCGAGGAGGCUACUCGCAAGUAUUAUACUGUUCAAGGUGAAAUGAUCAAGCGAUUCACCAAUGAAGGCAAGCUGCCAAAGGCGUAUUGCCCCCUCUAUCUGAACGACCUCAACGCCAACCAAGACUUCUGGGGACGCGUGGCCCCUUCAACGAGGGAAAAGGCCCUAGCGGUCAGGCGUGCAGUUGACCCAACGUUAUUUUUCCAGAACAGAGUUACUGGUGGAUUCCGACUUGGCUAA